AAAAUUGCGGAAAUACACAGUCAAAGAUGGCGUUCUCCAUGUAGUGAACUGAAUUUAACUGAUUGCAGAAACCAAUAAGACUUACAGUAUUUUUUUAUAGACGUAACAGAGGCAGAAUGAUUUGUCGACCAUUUGUAUGUUUGGAUAUCGUUGACCAUUAGUUAAUUUCCUCUUCGGCAGAAUGGAGGAGGUCGAAUAUACCAGAGUCGAAAGCAACUCUUAUACGGAUAAUCUCAUUGGGACGUUACUGGCCAUCUUCGGGAAUGUGCUAGUCAGCAUCUCUCUAAGCAUUCAGAAGUACAGCCAUGUGACGCUGGCGGGAGCCAAAGAUCCUCGUUCCUUCUACAGGACGAAGACGUGGUGGUGUGGUCUGCUGCUGACUGUGCUGGGGGAAGGGGCCAACUUCACCUCGUACUCCUUCGCCCCUCUCUCUCUCAUAGCUCCCCUCAAUGCUGUGUCCGUCAUCACCAGCGCCAUUUUAGGGUUGAUCUUCCUCAGGGAGAAAAGCAAGCCAAAAGAGUUUCUAAAGCGCUUCAUGUUGUCCUUCCUGGGUUGCAUCCUGGCUGUGGGCGGGACCUACCUCUUUGUCACAUUUGGACCAAACUCUCACGCCAAGCUCAAUGCCGAGAACAUUGUCAAGCAGCUGGUUGGCUGGCCUGUUCUUCUGUACUUUCUGCUGGAGAUCAUCGCUUUCUGCCUGCUGCUCUACUUCUAUAAGCGUCGUCGCACCAACUAUCUGGUCAUCAUCUUGCUACUGGGAGCCCUGUUAGCUUCAGUGACGGUGAUCACAGUGAAGGCUGUGUCAGGAAUGGUGGUCCUCAGCAUAACAGGGUCCAUGCAGUUCACCUACCCCAUCUUCUACAUCAUGCUUGUCGCCAUGGUCGCAUCUGUGGUCUUCCAGGCGACGUUUCUGUCCCAGGCCUGUCAGCUGUAUGACUCCUCUCUCAUCGCCAGCGUCAACUACAUUCUGUCCACCUGCUUCGCCAUCCUCGGAGGAGCCAUAUUCUACCUGGAGUUCUAUCAGGAGGAUAUAUUGCACAUCUGCCUGUUUCUGCUAGGGUGUUGUGCAUGCUUCCUGGGUGUGUUUCUGAUCACUCGGAACAGGAAGAAGGUCAAGGCCUUUGAGCCCUACGUCACCAUGGAUAUGGUGCAAGGUGUUCCCACCAUUCAUGACCGGGACUGGGGGGUCCAGGCUGACACUAGUGGCUCUUUCACCUAUGGGGCCCUGGUCAACAAUGACCUUGUGGCCCCUGGGGCCCCCGCCACCCUCCCUCUAGGCCAAGAGAGGCCGGCACCUGGGCUCAACACUGCCCCCUACCGCUCGACUGACAUGAAGAGCGACUGAUGCUCCGGGUGGUUAGAAGUGUCCUUUUAAGCAGACUCUCGUGUAUCGUACUCCAAAGACUUGAUGGACCUGGUCAUGGCCUUAUUUCUUAAAGUUUUAUUUUUGAGAGCAUUUUGCGCUUUAUUGGGGAUAGACAGUGAAGAGCGACAGGAAGCGUGGGGGAGAGUAAAGGGAAUUAGGACAUGCAGGAAAUGGUCUGAGACCAGAUUCUCACCCAAGCCCCUGUGUUAGGACUUCAGCUUACGUGGUAUGCUCACUUGACCAAUGAGCCACCGGGGCACCCCCAAGUUGUGGCCUUUUGUUAACUACAUCUCAUUUGGCCGGUAGAGAUUUAAUGGGCUACAUUCUCCUCAUCCUUCCUUCCUCAUUGCCUUCUAGGCUACCGUAUGGCUGCUGUAAAGUGGCAUCAGUAUUUCAACACACACACUAUACACCUUUUGGACAUGAUGUGCCUUUAAGCAUACCGGCUGCCUUUUGUGGUUGAUAUUUAAGACCUGCAAGACUUGUCUUGGGUCUGUCAACCAGCCUAGAGUUGAGAACCAAAGACUUUCUCUCUUUCUGCUGUCUCUCACUGUGGUUCUGGAGAGUACUCCUUAAUUUAUUUUAAGUUGCUUUUAAUGUGCCUUGUGAUGUAGCUGGACUGGGGCAGGGAGUGGUUGGGCUAUGAUGUGGAGGUUGUUUCACAGCAUUAAUGUCAAUACGUCAAUGGGACUGCACAAAAUUAGGUGUAUAAUGUUAAAGUGUAAUUGUGUUAUGUUAAAUAAGUUUGUAUUUAUUAAGUUUGAAUGCUGUACUCAACGUGUCUUAAUGUUUUGUGACCAAACUGUAGCUCACACUGUUUUUAAUGUCAACAUAGCAGCACUCUUAUUCUCAAUGCUGAAGCAAAAAAACUGCACGGGUGAAUGGCACGCUACUCAAGAGGACUUGUGUUAUGGAUAGAUUGUGAAGAUUAACGGUACACCAACAAGCGAGCCUCGUGUAUUUCUUGGGAUUGUAGCUCUUGAAAUGAAAAAAGCAGUAGCAGUGGCAUUCAUUCUUCUGCUGCAGUCGUUAAUGCAGUAAUAAAGCAUUUGUGUUUAA